AUGCUGCCAGCGGCUGCCUCGUCUCGCGUGUCGUGGGACCUGGCACCAACGCCCCCGCGGACCGCUUUCACACGCAACCAGCAGCAACAACGGCGCCAAACCUCGGACGACAUCGUCCAUCUGCUUCUGUCUGUCUGUCUCCGAGUCGACUUACCUUACCUUAACCCAGCAUUUCCCAUUCUCGUCCGCAUCCUCUCCUUGUCCCUGCCUCUAUACCUAAACCCUGCUUGGGCAUCUCGAAAACGGUUCGAUGCCGCCGCCCAUCUGGUCCGAUAG